UUGGGCUCCCUGAUAUCCCAGCCCAUCAUCAAUUUCCCCCAGGCCGCCAUAAUGACCACUGAGGCCAUCCAGAAACGCCCUGUGGUCAUCAACGACGCCAUCGCCAUACGUUCGAUGAUGAACCUGUGCAUGUCCUUCGACCACCGCAUCAACGACGGCGCCGAGUCCAGCGCCUUCAUGCAGGCCAUGAAGCGCCGCCUGGAAGCCAUCGGCCCCAAUACCACCGCUUAA